AUGGAUGGAAAUUUAUGGAGAGCAUCUGAUAACGCUGCUAAUAUACAGUAUCCUAGUUGUGAUGUAAACUAUGAAGGAGCAGGUUUGUUGAUUGGUAAAUCACUUCCUGCGCCUGUGAUGUUUGCAGAUGAUAUAUAUUUUCAAAGUUUUUGUUACAAGGAUAGUCCUGCAUAUAUGUCUGGUACAUUGUAUGAUCUUCCUGCCACUUAUUUAGAGUCUGUAAUGACAGAUUGGAAUAUGUUUCUUUCCCUUAAGAAUUCAUGUUCUGGAUCCUUCAGAUUCGGAAUUUUCCCAAUGAUUAUAUCAUUCACAACAAAUUUCAUUAUAACCUUUACUUUGACAGUAUUAAUAUUUCUAUCGAUGAAUGAUAAACCCUAUAUUUAUGCAUCCCGUUUAAUGAAGAUAGGUUCCAUUAUAUCAACAAUUAAUUUAGCAAUAUCACUUACAAAUUUGAUAAAAUUAUUAAAGCAUCAAUAUGAAAAAUAUGGUAUAUUAGGUAAAUUUUAUAUGGUACAAUUUUUUGAAUUAAAUGCUACUUUUGUCACAUUAGAUUUUCUCUCGACAUUUAUAUUGCAAUGUUGCCAAACUUUUAUUCUUAUGAGAAUAUUUGAACGUAAGAAAGAACAAAAAAUUAUUUUCUUCGUGGGGGUCACUCUAGCUGUUGUAUCGAAUUUACUAUGGGCAGUUCCAAGAUAUCAUGAGAUUGCCCAUGGAAUUAGUAUUAAAGAUGAAAAUAAUAAUUGGGAGUUACUGCCACCAUUUGUUUAUAUGUUCAAAAUCAUUAUUGCAGCAUCUUAUGCUUGCCUUAUCAUCAAUUUUAUUAUUACAAAACGUCAUCAAUGUUUUAAGACUGCUCAGUUAACUUUACUGACAAUAUUAACAAUUCUAGUGGUACUUUUGUUACCUGGGUUUUUCAUUGCAGAUUUGGCUAGUUUUUGGAUCUAUGAACUUAGUGAACUUUUUAAUACGACUUGUUACGUUAGUUGUACGUUUGUGGUUUGGGAAUGGAUAGAAAGGUUAUCAAUCGUUCAGAAGAGAGAACAGGCUCAAAGUAUCCUAGGAAGAGCAAUAUAUGAAGAUGAACAACAGAAUUAUACUUUUGCUAAAUAUACUUUAAAAGUUCAAGAUGCACUUACCAGGAAAGAAACUGUUUCCUCAUUGGGUUCUGAUAGCAUGACAAAAUCUUCAAACGUUAAUGAUUAUCCCAGAAGUGAUAAGAGUGGCGAAAGCUAUAUGAAUAAAUUAUUUCACACGGCGGCAAAGACUAUACAUAUUCAAACAGCAUCAACAUCGGAACUGGAAGAUGAAGAUGAAGAUGAGGGAAACAAUCCUUUAACAUUGUUACCUGACGAUGCUCGUGAUAUUCAAAGUAUUAACCAAGUUCACUUCAAUACAGAGAGAAGUUAUAGGGAUAUUGCACAUGCAACUUUUGAUAAUACAGUUAACAAUGUUGUGUAUUUCUCAGAUAAGAUUGGUAAAACAAUAGGUUCAUAUUCACUUCAUACUAGUUCCAAGAGUUCCUCGAAUUCAAAGAACGAAAAAAAUGAAGUCAAGAGAAGAAUUGGAUUGGAUAUGACAAGUAAAGUUUAUGUUUAUUCAACCAAGGAUGUCGAAUUUGAUUCUGAUCUCGAGAAUGAUGAAGAAACUUAG